UCGCUGGUGGUGACAGCAUAACAUACAGGAAGCUGGGCUGUUUUACCUUAAAAGUAAAAUUGGCAGUUGUGAGAAAAUAUUAAGAAGAGCUGGUUUUGAGUCUUUCGACACAAAUCCUCAAGUCUUGACUUGCAAGUCUUUCCGGUCUGUCAGUUAGUAUGGUAGUUAGAAUGGCCAUAACUACAACAGAUAAUUAUUUUUGUUUAAUGGAAACAGUUCAUUGAAUGUCCAGUUGCAAAUAGUAGCACAGCAUUUUGCCUCAUUUUUUAAAUCUGAGGUCAAGUCUCCUGAGCUUUUUGCCUUCAAGUCUCAGGUUUAGUUGAGUCUUCAAGCAGAAGAGUCCAAAUCGAGUCAACUCCUUUCUACGACUCAAGUUCGAUGAGUCAAGAAUAAGUUAAGAAACCAAUAUUGUAAAAACCCUAACUGAACAAAACAGUGAAUAUUAACUGAGUCAAAAUCAAUACUGAAGUAAUUUUGCCACAUAAUGUUGCUUAAAACUACAAACACAAAUCGUUGACCGUUGAAAAUCUUAUUUUGAAAAUCUGAACCGGAAGUGCAGUUCCUAUUCUAGUCUUCUUCACACUGGUGCGUUAAAGUGCGGUUAAGAGUGUGGCAAGUCAUCGUGACCCAGAGAAACAAGAGGCGUCCAACAAGUUUCACUCAUCCUUUCUUUCGGAUAAGAAACUAAUUUCUUCUUGUCGUCCGGGGACAGGAACACUCUGAAACAUGGCUGCUCUUUCAGCCUGGUUUUGGAACGAGAGGUUUUGGCUGCCACACAACGUAACCUGGGCGGAUCUGGCAGACCCAGCUCCCGGGGUGGAGUACCCCAAAGCUGGACACUUGUUCACUGCCUUGCCGCUGGCUUUGGGGAUUUUCGCCGUAAGGAUUCUCUUCGAAAGAUUUAUUGCCAGUACUUGUGCCCGGAGUCUCCGCAUUCAGCCAGGUGUUGGACGAAGAGCUCAGCCCAAUGCAGUGCUGGAGAAAGUGUUUACAUCCAUCACAAAGAAUCCAGACUCUCGCCAUCUUGAUGGCCUAUCCAAGCAGCUGGACUGGGAGGUGCGAAAGAUCCAGCGUUGGUUCAGACACCGCAGGAACCAAGAUAAACCCAGCACACACACUAAGUUCUGCGAGAGCAUGUGGAGGUUUAUAUUUUAUUUGUGCAUAUUUAUCUAUGGGUUCCGGUUUCUGUGGCAGUCCCCUUGGAUGUGGGAUACGCGGCAUUGCUGGUACGGUUACCCCUAUCAGGUCAUGACUCCGGGUCUUUACCACUACUAUGUGACAGAACUGGCCUUCUACUGGGCGCUAAUGUUCUCCCAGUUCAUAGACAUUAAAAGGAAGGACUUCCUGAUCAUGUUCAUCCAUCACCUCGCUACAGUUAGCCUGAUCAGCUUUUCCUACGUCAACAACAUGGCGCGAGUAGGGAGCCUCGUGAUGUGUGUCCAUGAUGCCUCUGACUUCCUGCUAGAGGCAGCCAAGCUGGCCAACUACGCCAAGUACCAGCGGUUGUGUGACUUCCUCUUCAUUGUGUUUAGUGUGGCAUUCUUCAUCACACGACUUGUUAUAUAUCCAAUAUGGGUCCUGAACUCCACUAUGUUUGAGAGCUGGGCCAUAGUCGGGCCGUACCCGUCCUGGUGGCUCUUCAACUUCUUACUGCUGGUCCUCCAAGUGCUGCAUAUCAUCUGGUUCUACCUCAUAGGCUGUAUAGCUGUCAAAGCCAUGCUGCGGGGCAAGGUGUGCAACGAUGUCCGCAGUGACAUUGAGAGCAGCUCAGAUGAAGAGCCCGACACGCCCACAGAAGGCCUCAAGGCUUCUCCUCAUUUUCCUAAGGGAGAAAACGGCACUAAUGGCCACUGUGUUGCUGCCAAAGCCCGAGUGCUGAACCACAGCAGCUGGUGACAUGCAGCCUGAAGCUGGGAGCCCCCUGCAGUUCGUCCCUCCCAACAUCUCCAAGAGCUGUUUGUCUUGUGACAUUCCCUUGACGUGCAAGGAUCCCACACACACACACAGUCUACCAUCAGAAGACAGAUUCAUACGUUUUUGAAGUGAUGGUGGAUAUAGAGACAUUGAUAUCUGCUUUGAAGAGCCCUGUAAUGACAUGUAUGACUCCACUCGAGGUGACAUGUAAAAGCUGAAUUGAUGUGGAAAUCAGUUGAAGCUAGUGAUUAUCAUAACCUUAUUUUUCUAAUGAUGGGAUUUAUUUUGUGCCGAGUUCGGCUGCAGAUGUUGAUUGGUUUCAAUGUUCUCUCCCAGUUUUAUUGGUCAGAUGAACUUGAUUAUUUUUGUCUUGGAUUAAUUCACACUGGAUCACAAACAGCUGCUACGCUACUCUCUUCAAACUUUGAAGUAUGUUGCAUUUCCAAUCAGUCAUGUCACAGCAGGUGUUACACUGUAAAUAACUGUUGUUAUAGCUGUGGUUAUAGCAGCUCUUAAAAGAAGGGCACCUGCUCUGUGUGUGUGUGUGUGUGUGUGUGUGUGUGUGUGUGUGUGUGUGUGAGUGUGUGUGAGUGUGUGAGAGUGUGUGAGAGUGUGUGAGAGUGUGUGAGAGUGUGUGAGAGUGUGUGAGAGUGUGUGAGAGUGUGUGAGAGUGUGUGAGAGUGUGUGUGUGAGUGAGAGAGAGAGACCAGAAGUACAACACACCUGAAAGUUUUAACAGCAGCAGUUUCUGCCCUUUGCGAUUUAUUGUGGAUUUACACUUUAACCACGUUGUUUGUGACUUGUUGAUUUGUUUUAAAAUGUUUUUUACUACUUCGUCUGUGACCAAAUGUUUAUGAAAUAGUUUUAUGUCACUGCUUAUAGAAGAAUCCAGGUAUGAGGACUAUACUAAAUGUCUGCUAUUAAGUUCUCACUUGAGUGCCUUGUAAAACAAAAUGUAUUUCCAAAUAUAUCCUGUUGUUGAAACAUG